AUGCCCGCUUCAAUAUCUCAACUAGCAAUAGGCCUCUUGUGCGAGGUAUUCUUAUGGCAGUCUGGCGUACCGAUCGCCAACCUCACACAGCCAGCGCAGACGAUGCAAGGUAUAGGCGCAAGCGGCGCUUGGUGGCCUCUUGAUCUCUACAACUAUCCAGACGCAGUACGCCAAAACGUCUCCUACCUAUUGUUCAGCAGCGACGCCCUCGGCCUCACUUCCUAUCGGUACAACGUCGGCGGCGGCGGGGUGGGCGUUGGCGUCCCUUCCCGUGCACCGGAGACGACGUACAUUAGCACCACCAGCUCGAACUACAGUGCCGACCCUCAAGGCUCCUACUUCCUACACGCCGCAGCGCAGUACUCCGUUCCCCAACUAACAGUAUUCGUCAACUCUGCCCCUCCCUCAUUCACCACCUCCCAAGCCUCGUGCGCCGGGGCGCUGCUCAACAGCUCCAUCCCCCUGUUCGGCACCUACCUCGCUGGUGUAGUGCAGUACUGGGCCUCGCAGGGGAUCCACUUUGCCUACGUCUCACCCAUGAACGAGCCUGAUAACGGCUUCCCUCCCGCGAGCGGAUCCCUCUCCUGCACACAGGAAGGCAUGGUCGUCGUCCCCUCCGUCCGGCCCACGGUCGUCCAAUCCAUCCGGGCAGCACUAGACGCCGCAGGGCUACAAUCCGUCCUCGUCCAAGCGGACGAAACGAGCACGCAAGUGCAAUUCGCCGUCGAAGCCGACUUGUGGAUCCCCGGUGCAGCAGGUAGCAUCGCCGUCAUAAGCCACCAUGACUACCUCUUUGCGGCUGAUACUGCCUUGCAAGCGAUGGGCGACCAGGGACGCUACCUGAGCGGAGGGAAGCAGAUGUGGUUUACGGAGAUAUGUUGUUUUGUCGGCGCGGAGAAUAGUACAGAUCCGGCGAGCGCGUUGGCUUAUGGCCAGGGGUACGACCCGACGAUGCUCAGCGCGCUGCAGAUGGCCAACCUCAUUUACCGGUCGUUCACGCUUACCGGCGAUGCGCACUUUGACUGGUGGGUCGCGCUUUCCUCUGAGAUGGGCUGUUCGCCCGCCUCCGACCCUGCGUGCGCAACGACCAGCAACACUCAGGGGUGGAACGACGGACUCAUAUACUACGAUGCCUCCUAUGCCAGUAACGGCAACACCGCUAUCUACCUGACGAAACGCUACUUUGUCCUGAAGCACUUCGCGCACGCCAUCCCCCUAGGCGCAGUGCGCUACGUCCUCACCCCGCUCCCCGCUUUCCGUUUGCUGGCAUUCAGCCUCCCCUCCGGCGGCUGGUCCGUGAUCGCGCUCAACCUAGAGCCAGACCAGGCUCUCCUGGCGCUGGACACUCUUCAGCUGGGCACGGCGACCCAGGCUUACCAGACGACGCAGGACGAGGAUUGGGAGACCCUCAGGGUGCAAAACGCUUUGAGCUGCGGGACGGUGUUCCAGAUGGUCUUGCCGGGGAGUAGCGUGACGUCGAUAUACUUCUCAGGGUGA